ACGGAAUGUCUGAGUGACGGGAUAGAAUCGCAAAAGAGCCCGCACUGGUGCUCGCUGGAGACAAAUCGGGACCCGAUUUUCUGUUCUAUCCUCCUGUCUUGCAUUUGCCUAUAAAUCUCAAUAUCCACAGCCUUUAUUCUCACAGAGCUCAACAUACGACCUUCAUCAUGCAGCUCUUUAUCGCUUUGAAGACGGGCACCGACCCCGAGCCUCUGGACGACGAAGUCGCUCAAGAGAAUCAGAAAGAGGAUAAAUACAGCCGCGAAUCUCUCGACAAACAACUCAACGAGUCUCUCGACAAGACUGUCCUUACUAACAAGCCAAAUGUUGCAUGGGAUGAUGUUGCUGGUUUAGCUGAGGCAAAAAUGGAGCUUCAGAUAGCCGCUGAGAUGCCGAAAAAAUUCCCACAAUUGUUCAGAGGAAAACGAGAACCCCAGAGAUUUAUUCUUUUAUACGGACCACCCGGUACUGGAAAAGGUCAACUGAUCAAAGCGCUUGCUUCUGGGGUCAAUUCGACAUUGUUCACUAUCAGCAGCAGCGACGUUCAAUCCAAGUGGGUCGGAGAGAGUGAAAGACUUGUGAGACUUGUCUUCGAACGUGCUCGAAAGGAGAAGCCGUCAAUGAUAUUUAUCGAUGAAAUCGAAGCACUAUGCGGUAUUCGCGAUUCCAACUCGUCAUCAGAACAUGACAACCGAGUGAAAACCGAAUUUCUCGUGCAGAUGGAUGGUGUAAGCCAGGACAACAAUGGAAUCCUUUUUAUAGCAGCAACAAAUCUACCAUGGAUCUUAGAUCCGGCUAUUAUUCGCAGAUUCCGGAAGAGGAUUUAUAUUCCUUUACCAGACGAAGAGGCACGCAAGAGGUUAUUUGAAAUACAUGUUGGAGAGACAUGCUGCGAUGUCUCAACGGAGGAUUACGCAGAGUUUGCUAGGAGAACUGAAGGAUUCUCGGGCAGCGAUAUUAGCAACGUAGUGCAGGAAGCGCUGAUGGAGCCCAUGAAAAAGAUAUUUAAAGCUGAGUACUUUUGUUAUGUACUCUCUCACGGAAAGAGGGGACUCGCCCCAUGUCAGCUUGGCCAACAAGGGGCAGCGGCUCUGAACUGGCGUGACAUACCCUCGUACCAACUUCUAGAGCCUGCAGUAGCUAAGGAAGAUUUCUACAAUGCUCUCGCAAAAGCAAAACCCACUGUCAAUAAAGAAUUACUCCAAGACCAUUGUCGAUGGACAGAAAAAUACGGCAAAGACGGCGCGUAAUCAAUCGUGGAUACCAUGGCGUAAUGACG